CUCAUUUUUCUGAGUGGGGUAGGAUCCCCUGCUAUAUAUAUGUACCCGGGGUGCCUUGUUCUUUACUGUAGCAUCUACCCAAGUUGCCAUGGCUUCCUUCAAGACCCUCAUCUGCGUUUUCGCUGCUCUUUUCGCCGUCGCCUUUGCCGUUGAGGAGGCAAGGGAGAAGAGAGGAGUCGCCUACUCAGGCCUUGGAUAUGGACUCGGAUACGGUGGACUUGGAUACGGCGGUCUUGGAUACCACGGAGUCGGAUACUCUGGACUUGGCUACUCGGGACUUGGAUACUCCGGACUCGGAUACUCAGGACUUGGAUACAAUGGACUUGGAUACUCUGGACUUGGAUACCACGGACUUGGAGGUUAUGGAUACCUCCAUCACUAAACCUAUUGUACAAUCUGUCUUAUAACAAUCAUCCACAAAAAAAUGAAGCAAAAUACACCUUCUGUAUAAAUAGAUUCACAAAACUAUGCUCAAAUUGUAAUAUAAAUACAUUAAAAAAAUAAACAAUUUUACAUUCCAAAA